UAUCGCAACACAGCGGCGUAACGUCAAUUUUUACCGUUUAUAGAUCAUUAAAUUUAAAUAUAGUAAUCGGUUUAGGAGUUUAGCAGCAUAGCGGCGACAAAGUAUUUCGGUUUCUGUUUAUUUCUCUCCGUUUCUGUCACUUUUUUUCGCGAUUCUAAAGCGGUCAUGUUUGUUUACAACUGACAUUUAAAGGGACAGAGCAGUAAAACACCGAAUUAGCACUUCUUAAUUAUUAAUAUACUUCAAUUAUAAAGUUGAUUUCGACCAAUUUCCUUUAUCUCGUUACUAUUUUAUUAGAAUUCGCAGGUGUAGUUAAUUUUAGUGAGCGUCUGAUGUCGGCUGAAGCAGCUCGGGUAGAGAACUACAUUACCCAUGAGGCUCUGCGGCGACGUGGCUUCCUUGUUGCCUGGCAACACACUGAAACAGACUUGAGGCGAAAUUACAGCCAAAUCUAGACGGUAACAAACGUUAAAAUCAGUCGAUAUUAUCGAUUUAAAGUCAGAGCAGCGGAUGAUCCAGCAGCAGAAAUGUCUGACGAAAACACAGUUUCUGUUACUGAAGAGGCUUCAGAGGAAAACACUGAAGGAUGUGAUUCUGGAGACCCAGAGAUGCAGCAGGAGGCUGGAGGAGAAUCUGAAAAACAGCAGCUUCCUGCAAACUUUUACUACAAAUACGAGGAACUUCACUCCAAACCGUCCAUCACACCCGAGUCUGAAAUCCCAGAACACCUCCUGCACCUCUCUCACUCCUUCGGUUACGACAGCAGCCGCAGGUCAAACCUGAAGCUGCUGGAUGACAGAACUCUGAUGUUUGUAGCAGGAAACCUUCUGGUUCUUCUGGACGUUUUCACAGAGGAGCAGAAAUAUCUGAGAUCCUUCAGCGGAGGAGGAAUCGGCUGCAUCGGGGUACACCCAAGCAGGAAGUACUUUGUCGUCGCAGAGAAAGGAAACCAGCCCAACAUCAUUGUGUAUGAAUAUCCUUCAUUAAGACCGUACCGAAUCCUCAGAGGAGGUACAGAGCUCGAGUACAGCUUCGUGGACUUUAACCAUGACGGCAGCCUGCUGGCCAGUGUUGGAGGUUCACCUGACUACAUGCUGACACUGUGGGAGUGGAAACAGGAGGAGGUGAUGCUGAGCUGCAAGGCUGUUUCUCAGGACGUCUACAGAGUCGGCUUCUCCUCGUAUAACCCAGGACUGCUCACAUCCUCAGGAUCCGCACACAUCAAGUUCUGGAAAAUUACUACCACAUUCACAGGUCUUAAACUGCAAGGGGUUAUGGGACAUUUUGGCAAAACUGUGGCAACAGAUAUUGAGGGCUUCAUGGAACUUCCUGAUGGAAAGGUGGUGUCAGGCACCGACUGGGGAAACCUGCUGCUAUGGGAUGGAAACACCAUCAAGGUGGAGAUCUGCUGUAAAGAUGGACGGAGCUGCCACACCGGGUCGGUUCAGCCGUUCGCUCUGGAGGACGGACAGCUGAUGACGUUCGGUUCUGAUGGAGUGAUCCGGGGCUGGGACUUUGAGGAGAUCAACUCAGCUGACAGUAACAGCGUCAGCAGCAGGAUGGAGGUGGAACCGACCAAUGAGAUGGUGGUCGGUCACAACGUCUGUCUGUCCUCCAUGAUCAGAAGCUCCACGACCGACUCCUUCGUCUGGUUCGCUCAGGAUUCCAGUGGAGCCAUCUGGAAACUGGACCUUUCAUUCACCAACACGAGUCCUGAUCCUGAGUGUCUGUUUUCCUUCCACUCCGGGUCGAUCCAAGGCCUGGAUGUGUCCAAGAAAUCCCACCUGAUGGCUACAACCACUCUGGACCGUUCAGUCAGAGUUUUUGACUUUGUGUCCAAAAGAGAAGUGACCAGCAGUCGCUUCAAUCAGGGAGGAACUGCUCUCCGCUGGGCUCCACCGCUGGUGAACCAGACUGGAGGUUUACUGGCUGCAGGUUUUGAGGACGGAGUGGUUCGAUUGCUGGAGCUCUGCGCUGCUCAGAGGCUUCAUAUCAGCGAUCGAAACCCUGAAGGAGACUCCAAGCUGCGCCUCAAACAGGCCUUCAAACCCCACAAUGCUCCUGUAACCGCCAUCGCCUACGAGCGAAACGGAGAAAUCCUGGCCACCGGGAGUUCAGACUCCACCGUGUUCUUCUUCACCGUCGGCAUCACAUACAACCCCAUCGGUUUCAUCCAUGUUCCGGGGCCGGUGCAGGCGAUGGAGUGGUCGCCUCACUCCCACAGUGAAAACCGGCUGCUGGUCCUGUGUCAGAGCGGCCACGUAGUCGAAGUCCACAGUCCUGAUCCAGACGCCCAGAAACCAACAAAAACCUUCCAGCUGGUGGAUUUACCCAGAAGAUCCUUCAGGUUCAAGAGCAUCAAAUCCAGAAUCAAGAGAGACGAGGAAAUCGCAAGACGUCAAGCUGUGAAGAAGAAACAGAGAGAAGAGAGACUGGAAGAAUCGAAGCAGCAGGAAGCAGAACAAGAAGAAGAGGAGGAGGAGGAGGAGGAAGAACUACCACCCAUCUACAUCCCAGAUCCUCCAAGUCCUCUCUACUGUGGCUUCUACUCACAGCCUGGACAGUUCUGGCUCUCCAUGGGAGGCUAUGAUUCUGGUUAUCUGUAUCACUGUAAGUUCUCUGAGAAUCAGGAUGAAGAUCCAAACCAGCAGCAGGACGAACCUUUCGACUUCCUGUCUGUUCACAACGCAGACGACGACCCGAUUCACUGCGUCACCUUCAGCUCCAACAGGCAGCUGCUGCUCUGUGGGAUGCAUUCAGGCUCCAUCAGGGUUUAUCCUCUGCAGCCGGGUGACCUCAGCCUCUCCUCCAUGGACGCCUGCUGGGCUCUGAACAUCCACGACAACCACUACGGUCACCUGAGACACCUCCGCUGCAGCCAUGACGACCUGUUCGUCCUGACGGCUGGAGACGACGGAAACAUCUUCUCCUUCAGCCUGCUGCCUCCAGAGGAGCUGCAGAGAAACCUGCAGAGGAAGACGGCCAAAGUUCCCUCACCCAGGGUCGGUGUUGAAAAUGAGACAUUAGCUCCAGAUAUUGAGGAUCCAGCAGCCUACAGCAUUGAGACGGUUAAACAGAAGCUGGAAAACGACCGUCUGCGUCGGGAGGCCGAGCUAAAGGUCGCAGAGAAGCAGAGGAAGUUUGCUGAGCUGCAGAAGAAGUUUGUACAAGUUGUGGAGGACAACCAGAAUCUGCCGGAGCACGUUCGCCUGAAACCAGAGGAGCUGCAGCUGGACCAGCGUUUCUAUGAACAGGCUGAGAAGCUGAAGACUCAGCAGGUGAUGGAGGUCAGGAAGCAGUUUUCCUGGGAGCAGGAACGCUGCAGCAUCGCACUCAGAAAACUACAAAACUGGUUCAGAGAGUCUCUGCAGGUCACUGUAGUCGCCAUCCAGUCUGAUCACAGAAUCUCCACCUACCGGCUGCCAACGUUCACCAAACCUUUAUCUCAUCAGAGUUCAUCCCAUCGACCUCACGGAGACAGAGAUGCUGCUCCACAACGUAGGAAAUCCAGAGCACAAUCUGCAAAAGACGGCAGCAGAAUAGAAGACCAGGAGGUGAUUCGGCCUCCGGUGGCUGGAACUGCGAGGAUGAAGCUGGGAGAUCGGCAGGAGGAGAGGCUCAGGAAGGCUGCAGAGAAAGCUGAGCUAGCUCGAGCCAGAAUAGAGAAGAAGAAGCAGGAGUGGGAUCAGAUUUAUGCAGAGAAGCCAGAUGAAGACUAUGAAGAUCCACAUGAUGUUCAGGCCAUCAGAGAAGCUCAGGAGAACAUCGGAGAUGUGAUGGUGGUGAAACAACCGAGAAUAAACGCCAUGAAGAAGAAAGAGGAGCUGGUUGCCUUGGAUGAAAAUAUCCGUGAAAAGCAGCUGGAGAUGAACAGACGCAUCGUGGCGUUACGGGACUCCAAGGUUCUCCUGGUGUCUCGGCUGGAAGUUCAGAUGCAGCAGCUGCAGAAGGUCCAGCAGCAUCUGAAGGUUCAUCUCCACCGACCUCCUCCCAUCCUGCCCACGUUAUCACCAGAGGAAACCCCAGAGGAGAAGCUCCAGUGCAGCCGAGCCAUGCUGGAGAAAUACCGGAUGCUGAAGGAGCAAAGGUUUGAGAGCCUGAAACAGGAGGAUCAGGAUGGAGCUGUGAGUCUGUUGGAGCAGCUGGAGAAAGAGAUGAAGGAGGACGAAGUAGAAGAAAAGGAGACGGAAGAAGAGGAGAACAUGAGUCUGUCAGCUUCAUCUGAAACCACAGAAGAAGAAGAAGCUGUGAAUGAAGAUCUGAGCGAGCUGGAGGAGGAUCUGCAGAAGGAGGAGGAGAUCCGACUGCUGCACAAGCAGAACUCUCUGCUGGAGCAGAUGGAGAGUUCAGUUUGUGAGUUUGACUCUGAUCUCCUGCUGCUGCGUCGCCAGAAGCAGCGUCUGGACUGUCGGCUGAAGUUGGCCGACCUCCGGCUGCUGACGCUCUUCCAGGAGAUGAUGCUCCUCAAGCAGUUUGACAAGAGAGAUGGAAGCCUGCAGGAGAAACUCAACGGAUACAUGAAGGAGGAGAACAGCGUCACGUCUAAGCUGCAGCAGUGCAACAAACAGCUGGAGGAGAAGAAAAGAGACAUAUUGAAGCUGCAGGAGAGAGAAAAGUCUCUGACUGCUGCCUUUCAGGCCUCGCUGGGGGAAAACAACAAGUUUGAAGAGUUUCUGACCAAAGUCUUCAAGAAGAAGGUCAAACGUGUGAAGAAGAACGAGCAGACAGGAAGUGAAGAAGUGGAGGACAGUGAUGAAGACUCAGAUGAAGAUGAUGACUGGGAUGAUGAUUAUGACAGCGAUACAGAGGAAGCUGCUCUGGACGACAGGGUUUGUCCUGCAGGCUGUGAGCCAGAGUUGUUUGAAAACACGUUGCAGCUUCGUGAGCGUCGACUCGACGUGGAGGAACUUCUGGUGGAGGAGAAAAAGAUGGCAGAGGCUCUGAAGAGGGAGCACGACACUUUAGUCAAGAAGGAGAAAUCGGUGAAAAGCAGUCGGACGGCGGUGGAAGACGACUUGGAGUUAAUCAACAGGGAGAAGCUGCAGAAAAUGAAUGAACUGGAUGUGGUGGUUCCUCUCAGACUGCACCAGAUUGAGUUUGUCACUAAGGCCUGGAUACCAUCAGAUCUGAGUGAGGCACUGGUGCUGGACAAGGCGGAGUUAAACAGGCUGCAGGAACGAAUCCAGGAACUACAAGCGGAUAAAAUCCAUCAGAAAGAUCUGUACCGUCAGGCUUGUCAACAGCAAGCCAAGCUCAUCCAUGACCACAAGGACAUGGCUGCCAAGAUCCAGGUGCUGGAGAAGCAGUGCAAUGAGCUGAUGAUGACAAAGUUCGGGAAACUAGUGGAUCUGGAGGCUCUGCAGAUGCUGUCGGGAAACAGGAGGCUGGAGGAGCUGAAGCACGAAAAACUCCUCAAAGAAGCCGAAUACGCCAAAGAGAUCCAACAGUGGGAUGUGAAGGUGGAAGAGGCCCGUCAGAACCUGAUGGAGGUGACCAGGUGUAACACAGAACAGCUCCAAAGAGUGACGAGUCUCUUUGAACAGAAGAAGGAGCUGGAGCUUAAACUCAAUGCCAGGCAGAAGAAAAUGGGCAAGCAGCAGUUCCAGAACCACAAGAGACACGGGGACCAGGAGGACAUCCGGAGGCUCCAGGAGCUGGUAAAAACGCAAUCACAGCAGGCCCAGGCCCUCAGGAGAGAGAUCAGCCUCCUGUCUUGCAAAGGAGGCCACGUCUUGCCCCCAGACCAAACCCGACUGCCCCCUCUCGCCCCUUUACCCACCCCCAUGAGCAGCAUCCACACUGGGAAACAGGGAGCACACAGACGGCUGAAAGCACAACACUCAGCCAGCAGACAGGGAGCUAAUUAAGUCUAUUGAGGGUGUCACAUGGGCCCUAUUUAAAUUGGCUUUGAAAAGUCAGCAGCUGUAAUCACUGAUUGACUUUGUAUUUUUUUAUGACUUAUGUGUUUCAAUGAUUUCAUCAUAGAAAAUUAAAAGCUAUAGGAGUCAUGGGAAAGUCAGAAUUGCCACAAUAUACACAGUCUUUAGAAAUGUAUUUAAACUUUGAUUCACAGCUGCAUUUAGGAUCCGUAUUGAUAAUGAUCUAAACUGACACAUACAGGUAGCGAGCAUCUGUGCAAGAAUCAGCGCCUUCAUUUCCAUCAAAGAGUCAGACUAUUUGGCAUGUAGAAAUAUAAUACUGCAUUUUUAGAGAGCGAGGAUAGCAUGGCCAACUGGUUUGGAAACUUAACAGUAAAACCAAAACUCAGAUCUCCAAUCUGGUGAAGAUUGCAGGGAAGAUUAUGGGAAUGCCUUCUGAACAGUCCACCAUCAGGCAGGUCAGUGUGAUUUUACCUGACACUAAAUUCUGAGUAUGUACAAAUAAAGUCUGUGCAAAUACAAUGGUAAAAACAUUCAUUCAUCCCUCUGACAGUUAAAUUCAUUCUUGCUGAAAGAGAGGACAAGCAGAAAUAACAGCUGAUUGAAGAGGUUCUCACAUAUAUCCUGAAAAAGUCUGUAAUGUGCACAGUAGCUAGCACAAGCUAAUGUUUUACACAUUUAAUACUUAAUGGUUUUAUUGCUUGUGUGUGGCAGCAAUUCCCGCACAUAUCUAAAAGUAUUUCCUCCCAAGGAAGAAAAAUAAAGUAACCUUAAACCUUGAACAAUGUCUGAACAGUGUCUUUGGAUAGAAGCCUGUUUCUGGAUCUUUGCCCACCAAUGAAACUUCACCAGAAAUCAGUGACCAUAAUUCUAACACAUGCUCCCUCAUUCAAACCCCUCCUCUUUCUAGAGUUAGAAAGAAGAUGUAAAACCUUCCUGCUUCCAUCCAAACAUUCACUGACACUUCAUCUGGGAGGUGAAAUGGCGCGGCAAGUAUUUAAUUUUGACAGGGAAAGACUC